AUGUCGGCACUUCUGACCUGUGUGAGCUCGGCAGGCUUCCUGCUCAGCCCGCAGCAGCUGGCGCCGCAGCAGCUGCGUGCGACCACCACCGGACCGACGGUGCUGGCCCCUUUGGUGCCCGCGGGCGCCCGCAGGGCGCUGCUCGUGGCGAAGGAGGGCGGCGGCAAGAAGAAGGCUUCCAAGGCCAAGGAAGCGCCUGCCGUGGAGGAGAAGGAGGCGCCGGCCGCUGAGAAGAAGGCGCCGCCGCCGCCGGACAUGCCGCCGCCCUCUGGGUUUGAGUGGGGCCCAACCUUCUAG